GGGCGCAGCGCAGUGUGGGGGGUCGCGGUGUCUCUCAGCGAACGCUGAGUCACCCUCCCCUGUGCCGGGGGCGCAGCUCGCGGGACUAGCGGACCGACUGCCGCAGGCCGCCGGGGGGGCGGGGGAUGCCGGGCUGCCGCAUCAGCGCCUGCGGCCCGGGGGCCCAGGAAGGGACGGCGGAACCGGGGUCCCCGCCGCCGCCUCCCCGGGAUCCCCAGUCAUCCCUUCAGCCCCCGUCCCCAACUCCGACCUUGACCCCGACCCAGACCGCGACUCCGGCUCGAGAGUCGCCCCAGGCGGAGGCGGCCCCGGCGAUAGCGGGCUCGGCCGAGGGGCAGGAGCUGCAGCGCUGGCGCCCGAGCGCUAGCGGGGGCGCGGGGGGCAGCGGGCCGGCAGGGGGCGCGGGCGCCGGGGGCCGCGCGCUCGAGUUGGCGGAAGCGCGGCGGCGGCUGCUGGAGGUGGAGGGCCGCCGGCGCCUGGUGUCGGAGCUGGAGAGCCGCGUGCUGCAGCUGCACCGAGUCUUUCUGGCCGCGGAGCUGCGCCUGGCGCACCGCGCCGAGAGCCUGGGCCGCCUGGGCGGCGGCGUGGCGCAGGCCGAGCUCUACCUGGCGGCGCACGGCUCCCGCCUCAAGAAGGGCCCGCGCCGAGGCAGACGCGCCCGCCCGCCCGCGUUGCUCGCCUCCGCGCUGGGCCUCGGCGGCUGCGUGCCCUGGGGUGCGGGGCGCCUGCGGCGCGGCCACGGCCCCGAGCCCGACUCCCCUUUCCGCCGAAGCCCGCCCCGCGGCCCUGCCUCCCCCCAGCGCUGAGCUCAGCGCGGGACCUCGGGCCCGCCCACAGGCCAUCGCCGAGGUGCCGACCGAUGGAUUUCACACGCCGGCCGGAUGGACCGUGUCACCGACGCGGAUGGACAGACUGACCACAGAAGAGUGUCGGGGGCCCGGGGCCCCGUAACGGAAGUUGAGUUCCUCCCAGAUACUUGGAGCCUCAGAGCCAGUCCGUGGAUCUGCACUCUUGGACUCCACUGCUUCCCUGACACCUUUUUGAGGAAGAAGACCUCUCCAGCGGACCCUACACAACCUCGGCGCCCUCCUCACUUCCUAGGAGCCCUUCCUUCACUUUACAGUGGCACUAGUGCGCUAGCUAGUCUUUCUUGAUAUAUACACCACAUUCAGCUUUGGCUUUCCUGCUCCCUAAGAUACAAUCAGAUUACUUAAGUGCACAGCAAACAUGUCCCAUGUGAAAAGGAAAAGCAUUUCUUUUCAGACCAUAGUCAUCAUUGUUAAGUGACAGUGUAGUUGGAGGUCCCCAUUUUGGUAGAUGUCAUUACCUCCCAGUCCAGUAGCACUGGGGCCUGUUUGAGGGAAGAUAUGUGCGCAAGAACCCCCUCGUCCGCUUCCUUUCCCUCCCCAUGUGGGAGUGCAUCUGUGGCCUCUCAGAAAGAGGCUCAGCUCUUACAGAGACACCUCAGGUGGCUGCAAACAAGUUCUAAACAAAGUUUUAAAUUAAAGAAAAUAAAAAGUUCAAGUAUCCUGAUAGAGGGAAGGGGGUACAUUUACUCACAAUUAGCCUAGAACUUGUAGAAAUCUGCAAAAGUGAAUGCAUACUGGGUUAGUCCCUGAUUCACACAUUUGGGAAGAAUAAACCUCAAACAUGUGAGAGAAA